UAGCCCCCAGUGUUCAAAAAGUAUCGUCAAUCUUAGUACCAAGAAAAAUCAAACUCAAACACAACUCAUGGACUCUUCCUUCUUCCGAUUCGAAUUCCAAUUCCAAUUCCCCACCGUAGAAUACAUGCCGGAUCCCGAAUCCGACUCCCCCCAUUCCCUCUCAUGGGAACACGGCCCCUCCGGACUCCCCUUUAACGUUAACGACUCGGAGGAAAUGCUCCUCUACGGCCUCUUAGCCGAAGGGGCAGCCUCGGAGAGUAACUCCUGUUACUCUUCCAUCAAGGCAGAGGAGGAGGAGGUCGAACAAACCUCCUCCUCCUCAGCCUCUGCUUUUGGCACCACGGCCGCGGCCUCGGCCUCUGUCGCCUCUGGGGAGAAGAGGCAGAAGGCGUACAGAGGGGUGAGGCGGCGGCCGUGGGGGAAGUUCGCUGCGGAGAUACGAGACUCGACUCGGAACGGGGUGAGGGUGUGGCUGGGGACGUUCGACAACGCGGAGGCGGCGGCGCUGGCGUAUGACCAGGCGGCGUUUGCGAUGAGGGGGUGCGCGGCGGUGCUGAAUUUUCCGGUGCAGAGGGUGAAGGAGUCGCUGCAGGAGAUGAAGUGUGGGGUGGAGGAAGGGUGCUCGCCGGUCAUGGCGCUCAAGAAGAAGCAUUCCAUGAGGAAGAAGAGAAGCAAAAGUAGUAAGCAUUUUGAUUUAGAGAAAGAAAGAAGCCAUGAUAAUAGUGUGGUGGUUUUGGAGGAUUUGGGUGUUGAAUAUUUGGAAGCUCUUUUGACUUCUUCAUCACCAUCUUCAUCACAAAGUUGUUGAUUUUUUAUUUUUAUUUUUAUUUUUAUCUUUAUUUUUUUGGUGUUUCUUCAUCACUUUCUAUUGGUUAUCUUAUCUCUCUCUACUUUCUUGUGAAUUCCACUAAAGUGAAGGGAAUCAUUGGAGAAGGUUUUUGUGAUCGAUGUUAAAGGAUGAAACCUAUAGUAUUUUUUAAUUAA